GUUAAAAGGUUUAAGUCUUAUUUUUUCAGAGAAAAUGACAGUUUGAUCCCCGAGACUAAUAAAUUAUAAGUAUAAGUACUAGAACAAGUUACUGAGGUUUGCUGGCUCCAAGAUAACUGAGUUCGAGAUGAUGGAGUUAACCGAUCAGGAGAUCAUUGUCGGAACCUACGAGGAGUUUGUUCUCGGAUACAAGAUUGUCAAAAAGUUGAAAACUAAAGAUGAAUUCGAACUCGUUCCUUCAUUUACCAACAGGGCACAUAUUGGACCGGUGAGAUCAGUUGUAGGGGUCAAUAAAUUCGUCGUCUCAGGUGGUAGUGAUGAGCUGUGUAAAGUGUUUGAUCUGAGUAAACGUGUUGAACAUGGACAGCUGAUGAAUCACGAGGGAACAAUUUCAUGUUUGGCUGGGUUUGGAAAGAACUAUGUAUUUGCAGCGUCUGAUGAUAACAGUAUAUCUGUGACGAAAGUCGGAUCUUGGCAGGUGAGCUCAUAUUUGCACGAAUUUUGCAUUAAUGCAGAGCUUAAGAUGCUGAUCCAUUGGAUUCCCAACAUUUUGGCUUUCUGUAUCCGGAUCCGCAAAAUUUUGCUGGUCCAUGGAUACAACCAAAACCUGUUAAGAAAAACUUUUUGCGCUCCAAACAACUGUUGGAAAAUGAGAGACGAAAGUAAACUGGCGUUUAGUGCUGGUAAAGAUAGAAAACUGGUAACUUGGAACUUGGUCAAGGCCAGACCAGCCUUCAUAACAAAUCUUAAGGGAAUUGCUGAGUUUUUGGCUUGUUCUCCUGACGGUUCCAGAUAUUGUGUUGGUAUACACCGACGGAUAGACGUGUAUAGUAUAGAUGGAGCUGGUAUUGAGUAUACUAUUGAUCUCAAGUGUAGACCUAACGGUCUUGCUUUCCUAGACAAUAAUACAGUGGCAGUUGGAGGAGAAAAUACUAAAGUUCAGAUUCACUCGUUGAUAGAGAGGAAGCUGAUAAAAGAGUUUGAGGCCCACGAGACCAGGGUUAGAUGUAUUCAGGUGAUUCCUGAGAGUAGUUUAACAACAGAAGAAAUAAAACCUGAAUCUAUUGAAGUUGAAGAAGAGAAGGAGAAGGAGAAAUCUGAGAAAUCUGAGAAAUCUGAGAAAUCUGAGAAAUCUGAGAAAUCACAGAAAUCAGAGUCUGGUCAUGUUCUAGUCACUGCUUCUAGUUCAGAUCACAUGAUCAAACUCUGGAGAGUUCUUACAGACUCAGAGUCAGAGGUUCGAUGUAUCGGAAGUUUUGAUACGACCUGCCGUAUCACAUGUUUAACCACGUGGAACGAGGGAAUGAAAGGUACCAAGAAAAGAAAGAAUCCUGGAGUCAGUGAGACGGUUCCAACCCCGGUCAAGAAAAUUAAAUUGUCUGAGGGUGUGUCUAAAAAGAUUCAAAAUAGUUUUGAAGAAAUUACAGUUGAAGAAGAACAAAGUGCCGCUAAGAGUCCUAAAGAUCCAAGCAAGAUAAAGAAAAAGAAGAAGAAGAAUAAUUUUGUUGUUUCUGAAAAUAUAUAAUUUUUUCAUUAA